AUGAAAGGAUGUUCUAUUUUCAGAUCUGGGCAUUUUUUAUUUCUGCUUUGCCUUUUUGCUGUGGAAGGCAAAAGGUCACCUACAGGAAAACAUACCUGCCGGAAAGGACUCCUCUCCCAGAUGACAGAGAACCUGUAUGUCAAGGCAGCUAGCUUAAAAUCAUCUGUUCCUAAGGAUCUCAUCAAGACCACGAGACUGCUUAAAAAGACUACAAAAGUGCUGUUUAUGCUUCCCUGUGCUCCAUCCACAAGGUUAACUUCUGCAGUCAAAAAGUUAAAGAGAAUGUUCCUUAAGCUUGGAGAUCAGGGAAUCUACAAGGCCAUCCAUGAGCUGGACAUUCUCCUUCCCUGGAUUCAGGCCUACAUACAAACCAUCCUGUGA